GAUCCGAUAAAUCCAUAAAAGCGAAAAAACGCUCCUAUUAAUUUUCUAAUUCUUCCGUUCAUAGGGCGGCACUCUACUGAAACCCCCAUCUCUCUUUGCAGCCCAGUUCGUUGAGGAGUUAGUUAAACAUGGCUUCCAAGGGAGGCAGCCUUAAGUCGACCUCCAUUAAUGGCGUAAAGAUGUAUUCUGUAUCGGGCGGAAGCUCUGUGCCUGAUUGGAAGAAAAAGAGGCUGAAAAAUAUUCGGAAAGAUAAAGACUACAGACGGAGGGUUGAUUUGAUCCAGGAUCUGGGGUUUGAAACUGCAACAACCAAGAUCAAGGUGACUCCUGACGGAGAAUUUCUUAUAGCAUCUGGUAUCUAUCCUCCACAAGUUAAAGUAUUUGAGCUAAGGGAAUUGUCGUUGAAGUUUGAAAGGCACUUGAUUUCCGAGAUAAUAGAUUUCCAGAUACUGUCUGAUGAUUAUUCAAAGAUUGCAUUCCUGUGUGCUGAUCGUUCUGUCUGCCUGCAUGCAAAAUAUGGAAGCCACUACAGCUUACGGAUUCCAAGGAUGGGAAGAGAUACUGAAUAUGAUUGUUGGUCUUGUGACUUGCUCUGUGCUGCCUCCUCGCCAGAUCUUUACAGAAUUAAUUUGGAACAGGGUCGUUUUCUCUCAUCACUCAACACUCAAUCCCCAGCAAUAAAUGUAGUCUCUCGAAGUAAACUUCAUGGGCUAGUUGCUUGUGGUGGUGAAGAUGGUGCCGUGGAAUGUUUUGACAUGAGAACAAAAACUUCAGUUGGCAGGAUUAAUGCUGUUUCUCCAAGUGGUGAUACCAAUCAGGAAGUUUCUACAUUAGAGUUUGAUGGAGAUGGGGGUUUCCUCAUGGCUGUUGGAAGUAGUGCUGGAAAGGUAUUUAUCUAUGACUUGCGUUCUUCCCGUCCUGUUCGGGUGAAGGAUCACAUGUAUGGCAGCCCAAUACUGGAUAUUAAAUGGCACCAUACUCUUAAUUCUGAAAGACCAAAGUUGAUCACUACGGAUAAUCAUAUUGUUAGAAUUUGGGAUCCUAACACAGGAGAUGGUUUGACCAGUAUAGAACCAACAGAUGGAACUAUCAAUGACAUAUGUGUAUUUCGCGAGAGUGGUUUGAUGAUAUUGGCUCUAGACUGCAGCAAGAUACCAUCCUACUUCAUACCUGCCUUAGGUCCUGCUCCUAAAUGGUGUUCGUACCUUGAGAACUUAACGGAAGAAAUGGAGGAGAGUGCUGAAACAACCAUAUAUGACGAUUUUAAGUUUUUGACCAAAGAAGACCUUGAGAGGUUGAACUUGACAAAUUUGGUUGGCACUAAUCUUCUUAGAGCUUAUAUGCAUGGCUUCUUCAUUGACUAUCGGUUGUAUAAGAAGGCACAAUCUUUAGCAGAUCCAUUUGCAUAUGAUGCUUAUAUAGAGCAGAGGAAAAAAGAGAAGCUGGAAGCAGAACGUGCAUCUCGAAUUACGAUCAAGAGGAAAUUACCUAAAGUCAAUCGUAUUCUUGCAGCUCGUCUUCUUGAAAAUGAUGAAGUGGAGAAUGAAGUGAAAGAUGUAGAUGAAUUGGACGGAAAGAAAAAGUCCAAGAAAAAGAAGGGAUUGAGCAGUGAUGUGCUGAAUGAUGAGCGUUUUGCGGCAAUGUUUGAAAAUAAGGACUUUGAAAUUGAUGAGAACUCGGAACAAUUUAUGGCUUUACAUCCUAUGGGUUCCAAGAAACAGCCUUCAUUGAUUGAGGAGCAUUUUGAGCCAGUUUUGGAGGAUGAAGAAGAGCAGAGUUUAAGUGAUUCUGAUGCAUCUGGAAUGGCUCAAUCAUCAGAAGAUGAGCUCAAGAAGAAAAAUGAAACAUCAAAGGUUCCAAGACUAUAUGAAGUGAAGGAUGAGCGACAUGCAGAAGCUUUCUGGAACCGUGUGUCACUUGCAAAGGAUGAUUCUCUUCCACUAGGCGAGAGAGUGGCUUCCCUAGGAGGCCAACAGCCUUCUGGGGUCCCUGGUGAUGUGAAGUUUGGACCAGGGGGGUCACGGGAAAUCUCCUUUGUGUCUAGAAGCUCAGCCAAGUACAAAGAGGACAAGGAGGAUGCACGAGAAGGAAAGAGAAGGGGAAUCCAGUCAUUGGGCCUGAAACCAGAUAGAUCAGAUUUCCGGGGCAGAGGCCAUCAUGGCAGAGGGAAAAAAGGAAGUCAUGGGAAGAGCAGAGGUAGAGGCAGAAAAUGAGGUCUACAUGAAUUUUCUGGUGAGCACACUACUUGGGGCAGUCAGAAGAGUAAUGCAUGGUACAAGAGAUGUAUUCCCUUGUCAACGCUGAUUAUCACUAGGUUUCUUACAAGUUGGUGUUUUUUGUUUGAAGGAUGGAUAUAGGAGCUAACAGUUUCCAUGUCUAGCAAUUUUGUCGUAUAAUAAAACAGAUAUUUAUUUAAUUGUUUGGGAGAUAAUCAGCCAACAGUCUCCAUGUCCCAUGGCAAUUUUGUUGUAUAAGCAAAUGUAUUCUUGAUACACCACAUAAAUUUAUUGUUGAAAGUAACAACUGCUGUGCAAAGCCA